AAUCCGAAAGGAGUACCCGAACAAUUCCAAUCAGUUCUCAAAUAUUAAAGACAAAAAAAAAAAAUGGAUUCCGACAAAGAAGUGAACGUCAGUGCUAAAAAUUUGACUCCGUUCUCUAUCGCCGAUAUCCUCAGCGGAAGCAGCAAAGCUUCCGCUGAUCCACCGUCCGUUCCGGCUGUUACAUCAUCGACUCCACCAGCACAGCCGGCGGUCCCGCCGUCUUAUCCGUGGUUUCUUUUGAAUCAUCCGCCUUGUUGGCCGCUUUUAAUGCCGGAUGCUUCCGCGCAAACGGCCGGAUCUCUGGCCGGAACUACGAAGGCCAACAGUCAGGCGGACAUGAGUAACAGCAGCGCAUUAACAAACGUCUCUUCUUCGCCUGAAGGAGACGAUGAUCGUCUGUCCGACGACGAUGAACUGUUCGAUCACGACGAUGAUGAUGAUGGAUCCAACAGCAUCAUCGGUAGUUUGGUAUCAUCGACGGAUGAUGGCCAACAGGAAGAUCCGCUGGACAUGAGAGCCAAUAAUCAUCGGCGUCGUAACCGAACCCACCGGAUGUUGAUGGACAACGAACAGGCAGCCAAUGGGGAGCGCUCGAUGGCCAGCCUGCCGUCACUUCACCAUCACCUCCACCAACAACAGAUUCAUCACCAUCAGAUGAGGAUGGCAGCUUCGGCCGGCGGACUAGGAAUGGUCGUAUCCGGUGGCCGCAAGAAACGUUCCAGGGCGGCUUUCUCUCACGGACAAGUCUUUGAGUUGGAACGACGGUUCGGUCACCAGAAAUACUUGUCAGGACCCGAACGGGCAGACCUAGCGCAAAUGUUGAAACUAACCGAGACCCAAGUGAAAAUUUGGUUCCAGAAUCGCCGCUACAAAACUAAACGGCGACAAUUGCAACAGCAGCAACAGCAGCACGACGUUGCGGCCGCGACAUUGGCUCUCAAUAACAUGGCGGCAGCAAGGAGAGUUGCCAUUCGGGUCCUGUCGGAACGCCAGACUUCCGGAUCGACAUCGUCUUCGGUGCAUCAGCUUCACAAUCAGCAUCCUGGAAUGAUGACUAACAAUCAAAGAUCUUCGUCUACCUCCGCAAUGACUGCGGGUCCCCAUCAUCCGACGUUCGCCGGACUGGCCGCUCAUCACCAUCAUCAGACACAACAUCAUCACAAUCUCCAUCAUCCUUUCUACUAUUGCCCGCCUGCUUACCUCGCCAUGGGUCCCACAACGGACCCGUUCAUAAGUAACACAACGACCCCUUAGAUAUUUAAGUUGAUGAUUCAUUUUAUAUUGCCGGUGUCUUUUUUUUUUUUUUUGUAAAUAUGA